AUGGAGAAAAGAGGGAGGUCUCCUUCAUUCCGUAGAAGAAAUUCGAUCGAGCAACAAGGCAUAAUUAACCCUGAGAUUUAUGCAAUUCUAGAGCAAAGAAAGUUAUUGACCUCAUUUUCAGCAGAACAUAAAAAAGUUCCUAUAUAUUCUAAGCAUACGGUGAGCUCAAUCCUUUAUGCUCAAAAUGUUAAAAGAGUAUCGCAUUCACAUUCAUUUGACAAAACCAAGUCUCCAAGACAAUCGGUUGACAAGCCUCCUAUUUCACUAUCGAAAGUUAUGCCUUCUAAAACAAAAUCCAAUGAAGACAAUCUUCCAAGCUCUUACACUAAACCUAGUUCACCAAAACCCGAAAAUACCAAAAAACCACAUCCGAGGAACUAUGUUAAUGUUGUGGAGAAUAACGUCAGGAGUCGGAAGCAACCUACAAAGGGUUUUGGAAGCAAGACCGGGGAACUAUUGUCAUCUAAAGACGAUCACAACCUCACAACUUAUGAAGAAUGUGAUAAAAUCACCCUGAGUGAAACUAAUGACGUCAUUCUAAUAGCAGAGGACCAUGAUAAUCAACAUCUAGUGAUGGAAGAUGUACAUGAUGAAAUGAAGUCUGAUCAAAAGGGCGAAAAGAACCUUCAAUGUGAGCUUUUGGUUCCUAUAUGUUUGGAAGGAAAUGCAGAUCAUCAUAUGCCUCAAUUAUCUAAUAUUGCGUGUCCUGAUCCUAUUAAUGUGACGGUUGUUGAAAGUGUAAACGACGAACAUUUAAUUGAUCAUAACGAUGAGACAUUUGAUGCGGGUGGUGAUCAUCUUAUAGCGUGUCCUAAUGUUGAUAAAGAAAAUCAAAAAGCGGAAAAUGAACAAGUGGCGCCAGAUCAGGUAGUAGACGUUGGAUCAAAAUUAGUAGUUGAAGUAGAUGAUCAAGAGCAACGAAAACGAAAAGAAUCAAACGACGUCAUGGCACCGAAUAAAGAAGAUCUGAUAUCAAAAAUGGUAGCGGCAUACCAACAGCAAGUUGUGGCUCAUGGGAAGAAGGACAUCGCAACAUACAACAACAGUAGUGUGACAGAGGAAACGAUAAGUAAGCUUCGGGAGCAAAGGAGCAACAAGGUCAAGGCAUUAGUUGGUGCUUUUGAAUCUGCUAUUUCACAUGAUCAAUAUGAUGUCUUGCCCAAAAAAUUAUUACGUACUCAUCAAUAA